AUGAAAAAUGGUACUAAAUGGGGCAUUGCACUUGGUGUUGGUAUACCAAGUGUACUUAUUUUAAUUGGUUUAAUUGGUUUAUUAAUCAAAUUUUUUAUGAAACGUUGUCGUAAAAAAGCUUGGGAUGAUAUAAGAUCUGCACCAAAAGAUUCCGAUGCAGUAGAAAAUGGUUCACAUCAUCGUAAAUUAUCAAAACGUAGACCAUCCGAUCG